CGCUGCCGGCGGCCCGCGGCCUCCCGGGGCGGCAUGGAGGCCGGCGAGGACGCCCGGGCGGCGCGCGGCGAGGGCCCGCGGCCGCUGGCGCUCUGCGUGCUCUGCGGCCUGCCCGCCGCCGGCAAGUCCACCCUCGCGAGGGCCCUCGCCCACCGGCUGCGGCGGGAGCGGCGCUGGGCCGUCGGCGUCGUCGCCUACGAUGACGUCAUGCCGGACGCGUUCCUGUCGGAGGCGGACGCACUGCCAUUGAAAAAAGAAUACAAGCCGUCCCGCUGGAAGUCGCUGCGCCAGGAGCUGCUGAAGGACCUGGAAUGCUUCCUGCGGGCCGUCCUGCACGGGGACCCGCUGUCGGCGCCGCCCGGUGGGACGGAGGCCCUGUGGGAGGCACUCGUCACCUGCCUGCGGGGCCAGGCCCUACUGCCUCCCGCCGCGGAGGGCCCAUCCCACUGCCUCCCGACCCCCGCCGCGUCCGGGCCUUUGCUUCUGAUUUUAGAUGACAACUUCUAUUACCGAAGCAUGAGAUACGAGGUCUACCAGCUGGCUCGCAAGUACUCGCUGGGGUUUUGCCAGCUCUUUCUAGACUGUCCUCUGGAGACCUGCGUGCAGAGGAAUGGCCAGCGGCCAGGGGCGCUGCCCGCCGAGACCAUCCGCCUGAUGGGGGCGAAGAUGGAGGAGCCCAACCCCGAGAAAAACGCCUGGGAGCACAACAGCCUGACGGUGCGGAGCCCCGCGAGCUCGGCCGCGGCCAGCCCCGAGCUGAUCUGCCUGCUGCUCGCUGCUCUGGAAAACCCCGUGAACUGUGUCGAGGACAACGCGGAGCAAAAGGAAACUGACAGAAUUAUUUGUUCAACCAACACGCUCCACCAAGCUGAUCAGACGCUGCGAAGGAUUGUCUCUGAGACAAUGAAGGAAGCAAAAGGUAUGUGGGUAGUUCUGUUCUGUGAACACGCGUGGUAUCGUUACCCCCCAGGGAAAUGCAAAUCAAACACAGCAGGGCGCCCGCAGCCCCGGGACACGGAGCCAGCAGGGUCAGUGCUGCUGCGGGUGGCGAGGCGGGAGCCCCGUGGCUGCCGCAGGAAUGGAUGGGCAGUGCUACCAGGGGACCCGGCAGUGCCGCUCUUUUUAAAAUUAACAUAUUUGUAUUGAUGUCAGAGAGGAGGGGAGAGGGAGAGAGAGAAACAUCAUGAUGAGAGAGAAUCAUGGAUCGGCUGCCUCCUGCAAGUCCCCCACUGGGGAUCGAGCCCACAACCCGGGCCUGUGCCCUUGGCCGGAAUCGAACCUGGGACCUUUCAGCUCGCAGGCGACACUCUAUCCACUGAGCCAAACCAGCCAGGGCAGCAGUGCCAGGCUGAGGCACACACGUUCCCAGCAGCAGCAUUCUAAGAGCCAGCGGGUGGAAGCAACCGAGAUGUCCAUCGGGACAACCACCGGUAGAAAAUGCGGCAUCACAUACAGUGGGCCGUUCCCCAUAGAAAGCAGUGAAGCGCUGAUGCCCGCUCCCUGGGCGAACCACGAGCACAUUGUACAGAAGGAGAGCGG